ACUACAGUAACGUUUAUUUAUACCCUUUAUGGAUAGACGUCCACCAAUAAAGCAUCAUUCAAGCUCUUCAUUCAAAUCUAGUGAAACUUUAGAGGGCCCUACUGUUAGCUUUCACUAUCAACAGAAUGAUAUCGAAUCUGGACAGAAUAACAGCAACUUCAAGAGAAAGAAAUCACUCGUUAAGCCUGAGAGAGAGAGACUGAAUCAAAAUCAUCGUUUAUUUCAUUAUCGCAAUAGCGCUGCUAACCAAUCCGGACAUGUUGACGUCAAGGCAAGUUCAACGGGCGCUUACCCUCAACAGUCCGCUUUGAGGAGAGGUAAAUCCGUUCUCGGUAGAGAGGAUCCAGGGCCUUCUUUAUUACGGAGACAAACAAAAAGGCAGAAGUCCACCUCCGUCGAUACUCCAGGUAAUGGCCCAACAGGUACCGAACCAGUAACAGCUAAACCUUCAAAAUUGUCUGCUUACUCUAGCAUACCUGGUCCAAAAGGUCCUUGGAUGCUUUAUUGCUUUAUUAUCACAUGCUUCAUUCCAAACUUCGCCUUAAAGUUGUUCGGUAUAAACACACCUGAACGACAAAGAGCGUGGCGCGAAAAGAUUGGUUUAAUUGGUGUUAUCGCUUGCUUAAUGGCUUUAGUCGGUUUCAUCACCUUCGGUUUCACCCAGACAGUUUGUGGUAGACCCCCAAAUCGUUAUCAGGUCGGUCAUAUUGAUAAUGGUAACCUGGUCAUAAAUGGUUAUUCUUAUAGCUUAAACACAUGGGAUCACCCUCAAGUUGAUGACUGGUUCACAGAUGAUGAGGAUAGAAAUGUUCUCUUCAAUGGUCCUAUGCCAGCAGCCGGUAUGGAUGCCUCUUUUCUCUUUCAAAGAGUCAAUCAAGAUUGUCUCAAUGUUAUCACUCCAGCAGAUGGUAGUGGAAUUGAUCAUAGUGGUAAUCAGAUGUCCUGGUAUUUCCCUUGUCAAUUGUUCAGUCCCAAUGGUACAUCGAGUGCAUCACUCACAAAUUACACCGACCCUACACUUUGUCAUACUUCAUCAACCGCAAGGGAUGCUUAUCACUCUCUAGACACUGUGCAAGAUGUUACAACAGGUCAAAUUUAUUUUACUUGGGAAGAUAUUCGUAACCCGGACAGAAAUCUUAUCGUCUAUGAACAAGAUGUUCUGGAUUUAGAUUUACUAAACUGGUUGGAUAGCUCUCAAGUUAAUUGGCCAUUGGAGUUUGAUGAACUCAAGUCACCGUCACCCAAUGACAAAUAUAAAGGUCGAGAUAUCACUAUGACAAUGCAGAGAACAGGAAGAGACGAAAUUGGAAAAUGCUUGCAAAAUGUUAUCAGAGUUGGUUUUAUUGACACUGAUACAAUUGGAUGCGUUGCCUCUAAUGUCGUUCUUUAUUUGUCUUUGAUUUUCAUCAUUGGUGUUGUCUCUAUCAAAUGGGCCAUGGCCGUCUUCUUUGGUUGGUUUAUGUCUUGGAGAUUAGGUGUUGGUUUCAAAGAAUCUCGUGAAGAACGACAUGCACGUAUGAAUGCCAUUGAAAAUUGGACGGAUGAUAUUCAUAGACCUGCACCAAGUAAAUAUAGACCAUCUCAGUUACCGCUUCCAAGUAAAAUGAGCGCUCUUAGUAAAACAACAUCGAAGAUUUUACCAAAGAGUAGUAGAUUCACGCCAGCUCAAGAGAAGCCAACAUUCAUCCCAGAAUUGAAUAAAAGGGCAACUAACUUCACUUCUUCUGGUACUAAAAGUUUCCUCGCAUCAUCUGUAUACAGUCCACCUGAUUCACCAAUAAUUAGAGGGGCUCGUAGUUCAAGUAGCUUACCUUUUGCUAGUUCAAAAGAGUUUGUUGAUUGGAAUAGGUCUUCUUCAUUAGGUUCUGGCUCCUCGGGUGGUUGUCCUUAUCCAUUGGCAGUAGAUGCUGUCCCACAACCCUCAAGUGAUUAUGAACCAUUCAACUUCCCACUGGCACAUACCAUCUGUCUCGUUACUGCUUAUUCCGAAAGCGUUGAAGGUUUGAGAACUACUUUAGACUCUUUAGCUACCACAGACUAUCCAAAUAGUCAUAAACUUUUGUUAAUAAUUGCAGAUGGUGUCGUCAAGGGCUCUGGAAAUGAUUUAUCAACACCCGAUAUUUGUUUAUCAAUGAUGAAAGAUUUAAUCGUACCAAGAGAUCAAGUGGAAGCUCAUUCUUAUAUUUCGAUAGCUGAUGGUCAUAAAAGACACAAUAUGGCAAGGGUUUUCUCCGGAUUUUAUGAUUAUGAUGAUGCAUCCGUCGAACCAAGUAAACAACAGCGUGUACCAAUGAUUUUAGUAGCAAAAGUUGGUAACCCUCUAGAAGCAUCUGAAGCAAAACCUGGUAACAGAGGUAAACGUGAUUCUCAAGUUUUGCUUAUGGCAUUCCUACAAAAAGUUAUGUUUGAUGAGCGUAUGACAACGUUUGAAUUCGAAUUCUUUAAUAAUAUCUGGAGAGUAACCGGAGUUUGUCCUGAUCGUUACGAAACAUGCUUAAUGGUUGAUGCCGAUACUAAAGUUUUCCCUGAUUCGCUUACAAGGAUGAUGGCAUGUAUGGUUGUUGAUCCUGAAAUUAUGGGUCUUUGCGGUGAAACGAAAAUUGCGAAUAAAGCACAAACUUGGGUCACAAUGAUACAAGUAUUUGAAUAUCAUAUUUCACAUCAUCUUGCCAAGGCUUUCGAAUCAGUGUUUGGUGGUGUAACUUGCUUACCUGGUUGCUUUUCGAUGUACAGAAUUAAAGCACCCAAAGGUGGACAAGGUUAUUGGGUACCAGUACUUUGCAAUCCGGAUAUAGUUGAACAUUAUUCGGAAAAUAUUGUUGAUACUUUACACAAAAAGAAUUUAUUACUACUUGGUGAAGAUCGUUUCCUCACUACAUUAAUGUUGAAAACUUUACCAAAGCGUAAGAUGAUGUUUUGUCCUCAAGCUGUUUGCAAAACUGUGGUUCCGGAUGAAUUCAAAGUAUUAUUAUCGCAAAGAAGAAGAUGGAUCAAUUCAACUGUUCAUAAUCUCUUUGAAUUAGUUUUAGUUAGGGAUUUAUGUGGUACUUUCUGCUUCUCAAUGCAAUUCGUAGUCUUCAUGGAAAUGGUUGGUACAAUGGUCUUACCUGCUGCUAUCACCUUUACAAUUUACAUCAUUUGUUUGGGAAUUAUCCCAUCUCAACCUACUCCAACAAUUUCACUUAUUUUACUGCUUAUCAUUCUCGGUUUACCUGGUCUACUUAUAGUUUUGACUUCAAGAAGAUUGGCUUAUGUUGGUUGGAUGUUAAUUUAUUUACUAUCAUUACCAAUUUGGAACGCAAUUUUACCAGCUUAUUCUUUCUGGCAUUUCGAUGACUUCUCUUGGGGUGCAACUCGUCAAAUUGAAGGUGAAAAAGAAGGAGAAUCACAUGGUGAUAAAGAAGGUGAAUUUGAUCCUUCACACAUUAUAAUGAAGCGUUGGAACGAAUUUGAACGUGAUAGAAGAUACAAAACUGGUACAAAUAGUAGAGAUUCAACCGAUGACUUUACACGCUCACCACGAAGAAAUGAUUAUAGAAGAUCUGUAGUCAGUAAUCACGAUAGUGGUAGUACUUUGGAUAUUUUGAGGGUACCCGCAUCACCUUCUAGGGCAUCUUUAUCAGGACCACCUUUGAUUGAGUUACCACAUCCUUUAUCAAAUGAAGCCAGUAAUACGUCAUCACCAUUAGCAGUACCAAAAAUUCCCUCAACUUUGAUAAAUGAUGAAUUAAACAAAUCAGAUGUUAAUGAUGAUAGUGGUUUAGAGCAACCAUUCAUCAGAUUUAAUCAUGAAAAUUCACCUAAACGUAAUGAAUCUGAUAGUGAAAAAUUAUCAUCAAUACCAAGCAACAAUCCUUAUCGACACAGUCAGUUAGAAUAUAAUAAUCUUACUAGUAAACCACCUGUUUUAGAUAUAAACUUACUAGAUCAAGGUCCAGUUGGUGAAUCACCAAGGCGACUAAUAAAGCCUACAAAUAAAAGAAACUCACCUAGUUCUUCCUUAGCACUUGAUCAAUUAAAUCAUCAUAAUCAACAAAGGCGGACUGAAAGAGAUGAGUAUGAUUCUCAAUAAUCUCGUCAUAAUGCAAUACAUUCGUAUGUAUAUAUCAUGCUCAAUCAUUUCUUAAUAAUUACUUAUAUUUAUUUAAUAUGUUGACAUCCUACAUGUCAUAAUGAAUUACUAGCGAACAAUCUCAAACAAUUUCACAGUCAGGGUUUAUUGAACAGUGUAUUUC